ACCAGUUUCUCAGCUUCCUGGCCCAGCUGUGGAGGGACGCCCCUGGAAGGAGCGGCUGGGCCAGGACCCCCCUGGGCCCCAAAUGGCCUCUGCCCUGGGCCCACCCCGGGUCCCCAAGCCCAAAGGAGUCCUGCCUUCACACUACUAUGAGAGCUUUCUAGAGAAAAAGGGGCCCCGAGAUCAGGGUUACAAGAAGUUCUGGGCGGGCCUCCAGGGUCUCACCAUCUGCUUCUACAACAGCAAUCGAGACUUCCAGCCACUGGAGAAGCUGGACCUGAGAACAUUUGUGAAGCUCACAGACAGCAUUCCCCAAGUAAGCUCCCGUGAUUCUGGUCUCCACCUCACUCUGGUCCUCAGGACCCAAGAGGUCAAGUUCAAGGUAGAGAGCCUAGAGUCCCGGGAGAUGUGGAAAGGCUUUAUUUUGACCGUAGUGGAGCUCCGUGUCCCCUUCAACCUGACCCUGCUGCCUGGACAUCUGUACAUGAUGGCUGAAGUCCUGGCCAAGGAGGAGGCUCGCCGUGCAAGCGAGGUGCCCUCGUGCUUUAUGAAGGUCAGCCGGCUGGAGGCACAGCUGCUCCUGGAGCGCUACCCUGAGUGCGGGAACCUGCUGUUGCGGCCCAGCGGGGAUGGCACAGAAGGUGGCGUGUCUGUCACUACCAGACAGAUGCUCAACGGGGCGCCCGUGGUGCGGCACUACAAGGUGAAGCCCGAGGGCGCCAAGUACGUGAUCGACGUGGAGGACCCGUUCCCCUGCGCCUCGCUGGAUGCGGUGGUCAACUAUUUCGUGUUGCACACCAAGAGGGCGCUGGUGCCCUUCCUGCUGGAGGAGGACUACGAGAAGGUGCUAGGCUACGUGGAAGCGGAUAAAGAGAACGGCGAGAGUUUGUGGGUGGCGCCCUCCGCCCCGGGCCCAGAUUCUGUAACCCCUGCAAGUGUCCCGAAGCUGCCACCUCCUGUGCCAGUGUCUGCGUCCAGCCAGGACAAACUGCCCCCCCUCCCUCCCCUGCCCCCACUCCCAAUCGAGGAUGAGAACUACGUCACCCCCAUUGAAGACACCCCAUCUGUGGAUUACGUCAAUCAGGAUGUGAUUUCCGGUAGCCAGCCAGCCGUCCUGAAGCCCAAGAAACUGGCAAAGCUUCCAGUAAAGCCUCCAAAGCCACCCAUCAGCCCCAAGCCAGAACCCAAGGCUAUCAACAGCGUCCCUGCCAGGAAGCUGAUAGGCAGCUCGGCCCAGGCUCUCUUCCUCGCCACAAGGCUAGGGGAUGUGACGGCAGAGUUGGAGGAGAAGCUGCAGAAGAGACGAGCACUGGAGCACUGAGUCACGGAGAUGCCGGGGACCAGCGGCGGACAUUCAAUUGCCCAGAAUUAAAACUCAACAGACUCCCCCCCCACACACACACACACACACAAAGCAGGCUUGCUGGGCACUGGUGGCUCACGCCUGUCAUCCUAGCUACU